AAAAAGCAAAAAGAAAAAGAAAGAAGAAAAAAAGCAUCUCCAACUUUUCUUUAUCGAAACAUCUAAUUUAAUGGAGUCAUCUUCUUCUCUCCUUCACCACUCUUACCUCUCUUACUUCAAUCCUCCAAAACUUAGAAAGCCUUCACUUUCUUAUCCAUCAAUGCAGAAAUUUCGAAAUCGCAAACCAACUUGCAUUUGUUCUAACAAGAUGUACGUUCCCGGCUUUGGAGAAGCUUCACCGGAGGCUAAGGUAGCGAAGCAUCUGCAUGACUUUUUUACUUAUGUUGCAGUGAGGAUAGUGUCUGCUCAGCUUGAGAGUUAUAACCCUGAGGCGUAUAUGGAGUUAAGAGAAUUCUUAGACACAAACUCUGUUAGUGACGGUGAUAAGUUCUGUGCUGCUCUCAUGCGUCGAUCUUCACGUCACAUGAAAUUAGCCCUUCGAAUUUUAGAGGUACGGUCUGCUUACUGUAAAAACGAUUUCGAAUGGGACAAUUUACAGCGCCUCGCGUUCAAGAAUGUGGAUAGAUCCAACACAAAACUCAUGCGUGAAUACGUCUUGGAGACUAGCCAUGUUGAAACUGAUCCAGAUAAGUGAAAGCUCAGAGUAUACACACAUGAAACCGUUUGUACAUACACAUAAGUAUAUAUAUCAUUGUUCUUGUUAAACUCAGGGUUUUAAUCAUAGACUAUUUGCUUGAAAAUGACAUAAGUAAUCAAGAAUCAAGAUUGAUUUGCUUU